AUGCCCACCGAAACCCCCUCCCCGCACCGCUUCCUAGCUCCUCGUGCGACCGCCGCGCAACAGCCAAGGCAAAAACUACAAUCAGGACUGCGCAACGUCUUGGCUGUCCAGACGCCAAAACCUGCGCUUCGAACGCUGCAAGCGCCUACGCCUGAUACACAAUGGAAGAAAGUCACGUCCGCAAGACGAUUCGUCAUUCCGCCUCCACGAGCCGCGCCAAGUGUGGAAGCACCCGUGAAGGCCACAGAGGAGGAACAUGAAACGCAAACCACCAAUGUGCUUUCACAAGAGACACCGCGACCAAAGCCGCGGCGGAAGUGGGAACGCGUUGAAAGCAUACAAGACUCGUCACAGUCCAGCGCAGCGGCCACCCAGGAAGACCUCCACGGCGAAAGCUCGACCAGGAUUCCUCCGAAGAAAUGCUCUUCGCGCCUUCAAACCACAAGCGCCGCCGCAUCUCCCCACUCGGCUCGUCCUCGCAUCCCCAAGCCCCAACGCCGCAAACACCCCUCCCUCAAACAUCCCAUCGCUUCAAAGCCCCCCCCAUACCACGCACCCCAGCCCCUUCUCUCCCUAACACAUCCAAAUACCCUGCUCAAACCUCACCACCACCAACGGCCCCAAUUCAUCCUCCCACCCCACCCAACCUCGCCUCCCAAACCCUCCAAACCCCUCCCCGAAAUCUUCUCUCCUUCGCGCAAAUCCGCGAAAUACAUCCCCGACGGUCUCGCUUCCACAAUGACGACCUGGAUCAUCGAGGCGGCGAAUGCAGGGUUUGCGGCCCAGGAGCGAAGUGCUGGUGGCAGUGUGGUGUGGGGGCGCGAGAGGGAGGAUGGAGUCAAGUUGCGUGUGAGGGUUAGGGAGGUGGGAGGUGCAGCUGUGGAUGCCGGUGGGGAUGGGGGUGCAAGUAGUGUCGAGUGUUUUCCGGGUGGAAUCGUCUUUGUAACGGGGGAGUUGGUGGAUGAGCGGUCCAAUACUUCGAAGUCUGGCAGCGUGCGUCAUGAAGACAGCCUCGUGGGGCUUUUGCUGGCUGGGGUCGGGGGAGCGAGGGGCAAGACGGGAGUCAAGCUGAGCAAAGGGGUGCUGCUGGGUAUACGGGCGCCGGCGUGGGAGAUUGACAUUGCUGGGGAAAUGUGGACGGUGGGCGUGGAUUGGAUGCUCCUUUGA